AUGUUUGAAUUGCUUCUUGUCGCCACAACAUUUUUCGCCUUCACCUACGCUGCUGGUGAUCCUGCGGAUGCUCACGCCACCAUCCUGAAGUAUGUGAAUGAAGUGAACCCCGAUGGCAACUACAAUUACGCGUACGCAACGUCGAAUCAGAUUCAGACGCAGGAGAGCGGUGUUGGCAGCUCGUAUGCCGCUGGCUCAUACUCGUACAUCUCACCCGAGGGUCAGCCCACAUCACCCAAAGGUGAUCAUUUGCCAACUCCACCACCAAUUCCAGAUUACAUUCUGAGAGCGCUGGCUUACAUUGAAGCGCAUCCAUUCGAGAAGAUUCAGCUGAAAGGAAAGUAAAUAAGAAGUAGAAGUAAAUAAGUGGAAUUUUCAGUCUCAUUUGCGUUUCUAGAAAGCGCAUUAGUUUAAGAAAUCAGCAAAUUUUCAUUUACUCACU